AUGGAUAGAGUUGAACCAUUUCAACAACCCUGUAGAGAGAACAAGGAACAAAUAACGGAUGACCUGGCGACAAAUGCUCCCAAGGGUUCGUUUCUUUUCGCUCGUUCUAAAUCACGUUUGUACAUAACGAUUAAAAUCCCAAUUUCUCCCAUAAAAUCAGCACUGUCAUUAUUCAAAAUUAUAAGUGUACCUGUCCCGAUAAAUACCACGUCACCUCACGCUUCUCAAUUAUUAGGUAUUGAUAGUUACCUUGCAAUCACAACAGGAAACGAUUAUUACACAACUAUAGACAAAGAUACGUUGGAACGAUGCUCAAACCAUAAACAUAGAUUGUGUUCAAAUAUACUCAGUCUGUCUCCAAUAACACACGCCUCUUGUGAUAUAGCGGUACGACAUCCAGUUAAUUUAGCCUUGCUCCAAUCAUUUUUUUCAAGUAGCGAAAUUCAUGAUAUUUUACCUGACACGACAUUCCCCCAACCCUUGGAAGUUGACGUGCCCAAAUUUCAAUUGUAUAACCACACGUUCUCUACUAUGCUUGCUGCUGACCAACGGAGCCACCUAAGCUUAGCGCGCAUGGCAGAAAGUGCCAAAAGAAACGCAAUGGUAUUUAGACAUUUGGCGGAACCCAUUUUAUCUGGUGACGCACAUAUUGAGUGA